GGCUGGCGCCGCUCUGUCCGGCGCUGCGCGCUCGGUUCGGGAGUGAGUCGCCGGGAGACGGGGCCGCGGGGAGUGGUCUGGCCCGGAUCCCUCCGCUCCCCAUGGAGCCGCCGCCGUCCGCGGCCUGGAGCCUCGAUGCUGUGGAGGUGAAAGCAGGACGGAGGGAGCCCUGUGUCCUGAGCCUCUCCCAACGCCAUGGGCAGUGCGAGUUGCUUAUCCAUUCACAGAAGAAGGACCCAUCUGACCAGGAUAACAUUCCCAUCAACAGCCGUUUUAGAUGUGUGCAAGAGGCUGAAGAAACGCUGUUGAUUGAUAUAGCGACAAACACUGGCUGCAAGAUCAGAAUACAGGGAGACUGCACACCAGAGCGCCUCUUUGAGAUCCCCGAUGAAGAACGCUGCCUGGGGUUCCUCACCGAAGUGCUGAAUGUACAAGAAGCCCAAUCAAAAGCGCCUCUUCCUGAGCACAGGGAGCCAGCCAGCUGGUAUCACGUGGAGAAAAACCUCCCAGCUCCUCCUCAGUCAUCUGUUUCAGGGGUUCUAGGCUUUGAAGAUCAUUUCAAUGCCAUAAGUUUGGAGAAGAAAAGAAACUUACAAAACCAGCAAAUGGGAUCUCGCCGGGAGCCCCCGCCCCCCCCUCCUCCGCAAAAUAGGCAGUUUCAUCGAGAGAGGGAAGGUGUGGCCAGAGACCAGCCAAAAGUAACCAACACCAUGCGCAAGCUGUUUGUGCCCAACACACAGUCUGGGCAAAGAGAGGGUCUCAUCAAACACUUGCUUGCCAAAAGAGAGAAGGAAUACGUCAACAUCCAGAGCUUCAGGUUUUUUGUGGGAACGUGGAAUGUGAACGGCCAGUCUCCGGACAGUGGAUUGGAACCUUGGCUAGUCUGUGACUCAGACCCCCCAGAUGUCUACUGUAUUGGGUUCCAGGAGUUGGACCUCAGCACAGAGGCUUUUUUCUACUUUGACUCAAUGAAGGAGCAAGAGUGGCUGGCUGCUGUGGAGAAGGCCUUGCACCCCAAGGCGAAGUAUAAGAAAGUGCAGGUGGUCCGUCUGGUUGGGAUGAUGCUGGUUGUGUUUGCCAGGAAGGAUCAACUGAGUUAUAUCACAGAUAUCAUGGCAGAGACUGUGGGGACUGGAAUCAUGGGGAAAAUGGGUAACAAGGGCGGUGUGGCCGUGAGGUUUGUAUUCCACAACACCACUUUCUGCAUGGUCAAUUCCCACCUCGCUGCUCAUGUGGAGGACUUUGAGCGGCGGAACCAGGAUUACAAGGAUAUCUGUGCCCGGUUAAGCUUCCUGCCCCCUGACCAGGGCCUGCCUCAGCUGAGCAUCAUGAAACACGAUGUUGUCAUCUGGUUGGGAGACCUAAACUACAGGUUGUGCCUCCCUGAUGCCAGUGAGGUGAAAACUCUGAUCAGUAAGAAUGAGCUUCAGAAGCUGUUGACAUAUGACCAGUUGAAUAUUCAGCGGACUCAUAAGAAAGCUUUUGCUGACUUCACAGAGGGAGAGAUUAAAUUCAUCCCCACGUACAAAUUUGACUCUAAAACAGACCGCUGGGAUUCCAGUGGGAAGUGUCGCGUGCCAGCCUGGUGCGAUCGAAUCCUCUGGAGAGGGGGGAACAUUAAUCAGCUCCGGUACCGCAGUCACAUGGACCUGAAAACCAGCGACCACAAGCCAGUCAGCUCGCUGUUCCUUAUUGGGGUGAAGGUUGUGGAUGAGCAGAAGUACCGAAGGUUGUUUGAGGAUAUUGUUCGCAUGAUGGACAGAAUGGAGAAUGACUUCCUUCCUUCACUGGAGCUUAGCCGGAGAGAGUUUGUGUUUGAGAAGGUGAAGUUCCGGCAGCUACAGAAGGAGAAGUUCCAGAUCACCAACAACGGGCAGGUCACCUGUCAUUUCUCCUUCAUCCCCAAACUCAAUGAUAGCCAGUAUUGUAAACCAUGGCUUCGGGCCGAGCCCUGUGAGGGGUACUUGGAGCCAAAUGAGACUGUGGACAUCUCCCUGGAUGUGUAUGUCAGUAAGGACUCUGUGACUCUCCUAAACUCGGGUGAGGACAGAAUUGAGGAUAUCCUUGUCCUUCACCUGGACCGAGGCAAGGAUUACUUCCUCACCAUCAGUGGGAGCUACCUGCCCAGCUGCUUCGGCACUUCCCUGGAGGCUCUGUGCCGAAUGAGACGACCAAUCCGCGAAGUUCCUGUCACCAAACUUGUCGAUCUGGGAGAAGACAGCUUCCUAGAGAAGGAGAAAUCACUUCUGCAGAUGGGCCCCUCUGACAGCGAGGAUGCCAGUGAGAGACCCCUGCAGGUGCCUAAGGAGAUCUGGCUACUGGUGGACCACCUGUUCAAGCACGCUUGCCACCAGGAGGACCUGUUCCAGACGCCUGGCAUGCAGGAGGAGCUGCAGCAGAUCAUCGACUGCCUGGACACCAGUAUCCCUGAGACAAUCCCGGGCAGCAACCACUCGGUGGCUGAGGCACUCCUCAUCUUCCUGGAGGCUCUGCCGGAGCCGGUCAUUUGUUACGAGCUGUAUCAGCGAUGCCUGGACUGUUCCCACGACAGUCGGCUGUCUCGACAGGUGAUUUCUCACCUGCCCCGGUGUCACCGCAAUGUGUUCCGUUACCUGAUGGCGUUCCUGCGGGAGCUCCUGAAAUACUCGGAGGACAACAACGUCAGUGCCAAUAUGAUUGCCUCCCUGUUCACCAGCCUCCUCCUGCGGCCUCCACCCAACCUGAUGUCGAAACAGACUCCACAAGACCGCCAGCGUGCCAUCAGCUUCCUCCUCGGCUUCCUGCUCGGGGGGGACGAGGAGUGACCUCCCAGCCCACGAUGCGUGGGACCCACUGCCCAUGGUUUGGUGUGGGCCAGGCCCACCCGAUAGCCCUGGAGGGGGGAAGCUAUGCUACAGUUUGUGUUUAUCAUCAGGAAGGAAGUGGCCUCCCAUUCUUCCCCCUGCUGUACCUACACUGCAGAGGACUUGUAUACUCAUCACACUGCCACCCAAGCCAGAGCCGGUUCAUCCCCCAGCAUCCCUUCCCUGCCAGUGUAGUUAUUUAUGGGAAGGGCAGACCAGGAGCUCCCUGAGGGCCUGGAGGUUGGCCACGGUGUCCCCUGGCUGGACUCUGCUGCUCUGUGUGUAUAUGUAUGUGUACACACUGACACCUGUGUGUCUUGCCAGCUGCACAAAGGGGCUUCCCUGAGUGUGCAUCCCUUGUCUUGGACCCAGUGUGUGCCAGCAGCAGCACCGAAGGCCUCUCCAGUCCCUUCAGCGCUGCAUGGCCUUUCCUCUCCGCUCUGUGGUUUGUGUGAUGCGACCCCUGCCCCUGCAUUGCUCACCCCGCCCCUCCCCCAAGCAGGGUAGCCUUACUCUGGCUUGUUGGCACCUGGCCCAGUGCUGGGGCAGUAAGCAGGGGGGCCCUGGCCCAGCUUCCUUCUGGGGUGCCAGUGGGGUUGCUGGUGGAAUAAUGGGGUGAUGGUGCAGCCUCACUGGGGAAGGGGGGAGGUAUCUGAGUAGCUGUGUUGUGGGGGGACAGUUUAGUCUCCUGUGAGAGCGGGGCGAGGGCUCAGCCUCCUGGGGGUGUGCUGGGGUAGCUCAGUGGGGCUGCGUGGGCAUUUGGCAGAGCUGCCGAUUCUCUGGCAGGUCAGAAUGUUGCAGCCAGUGGCUGCGGCAACCCUGCAGCCUCCUCAAUGCUCACCCAUGGUAUGCUCCAGCCCUCUGCUGUCAGCCACCAAGGAGGGGAUCGCCCUUCCUGUGUGUGGUGCUGGCUGCACCCCCACCCCAGUCCUGUGCUUCCUGCUACAGCUAAGCCCGGCACCUUGCUCCUGCCUCUGCAUGCUGGGCCCAAUGCUGUCAGUGCAGAGCCCUUGCCCUGCUCUCCAAGGGGACGGAAGAUCCCAGGCUCUUUGGCACUUGUUCCCCUUUUUGUGCUGAUGUUCACCUAAAGUUGAGCCCUAGGAGGGGAGUGGGGAUGUGCCAUGCGCCCUGCCCAGUGCCUGGGGAAGAGACUAGUUGGGGGUCUACAUCAUUCACCCCUCUGCUGCUCCAUUUCCCCUGGGGCAGGGAGGAAGAGCUGGAAUGCUGUGGGGGAGGGAGGCGGCGUGCUGCUCCCAGUACCAGUGCUGGUGGGCUUUUUCCAGCUGUGCGCCUCCUGUCUGUCUGAGGCGGGAGGGGGUCACCAGAACACUAAGACCUACCAGCUUUGGCCACAGGCCCAGCCCAGGCAGCUCCAGCACCAGGAGCUGAGGUGUGGGCUGGAGCCACAGGAGAAAGGAACCUCCGGGCCCAGGCAGCGCAGUAGUUUUGGGGAAGGGAAUGGGUCCUGGUCAGCAGCAGCCCUGGGGGUUCAGUGGCUCUGGUAAGUGUCUGGAGGAAGAUCCUACCCCCGACCCCCCCCCCACACACACACACAGAGCCAGGAGAGGGGAAGGGCCCCCCCCCCCCCUCAGGGCUCUGCACUCAGGCUGUCCCGUGGGGCUCUCCCCUCCGUUUCCUGUGCUGCUCUGUGUGUUGUCCUGUUGCUCGGAGCUGCCCGGGCCUCCUGUACCUUGGGCUGUUCCUUUUUUAUUAUAUAAUUUAUUAGAAAACUGUUCCAAAUAAACCUCCAUUGUGCAA